AUGGUCCAACAGAAAGAUGAGCCGGUGGUGGGGCAGGUGCGUGGGGAGAAGAAGCUGCCGCUCGUCGUCUACCUCCACGGCGGCGACUUCGUCCUCUUCAGCGCCUCCACCGUCAUCUUCCACAACUUCUGCAACGACAUCGCCGAGUACUUUUCCGCCGUCGUCGUCUCCGUCGAGUACCGACUCGCGCCGGAGAACAAACUCCCCGCCGCCUUCGAAGACGCCCUCGACGCCAUCUUCUGGGUUCAGAACCAGGUUACUCAUCAACUAUGA